GUUUGCCUUUGGUCAGUGUCCGGCCCCGCGCUCCCUGAGCACCGCCCCCUGGCCCGGCGUCCCUGGACUCCCCUCCGUGCGAGCCCGGCCUCAUGGCCGGGACCCAGCGCUUUCGGUUCCGGGAGGAGCCAGGCCCCGGAGGCGACCGGGCGGUGCUGGAGGUCCGCGUCCCGCAGGUCCUGCAUGUCCAGUAUGGAAUGUAUGUUUGGCCUUGUGCUGUAGUCCUGGCCCAAUACCUGUGGUUUCACAGAAGAUCUCUACCAGGCAAAGCUGUCUUAGAGAUUGGAGCUGGAGUGAGCCUUCCAGGGAUUUUGGCUGCCAAAUGUGGUGCUAAAGUAACACUAUCUGACAGCUCAGAGUUUCCCCACUGUCUGGAUAUCUGCUGGCAAAGUUGCCAGAUGAAUAACCUGCCACAGAUCCAAGUUGUAGGACUGACAUGGGGCCACAUAUCAAAGGACAUUCUGUCUUUGCCACCACAAGACAUCAUUCUUGGAUCUGAUGUGUUCUUUGAACCAGAAGACUUUGAAAGCAUUUUAGCCACAGUCUACUUCCUGAUGCAGAAGAAUCCAAAAGUUCAAUUUUGGUCUACAUACCAGGUCAGAAGUGCUGACUGGUCACUUGAAGGCUUGCUCUACAAGUGGGAUAUGAAGUGUGUGCACAUUCCUCUGGAGUCUUUUGAUGCCGACAAAGAAGAUAUAGCAGAGUCUGCACUUCCAGGAAGACAUACUGUUGAAAUGCUGAUCAUCUCCUUUGCAAAGGACAGUUUCUGAAUGAAUUGUACCUCAAUAUGUUCUGGGACAUUGUCAAAAUGGAAUAACCUGGCAUAAAGAUGAAUUAUCUGAGGAAACUCAAUGGGUAUUAAGAUGGUCAAUUCUGUAGGCCUUAUGGCCAUGAUGUCAUGCCUAGGGUAGCAUUCUACAUAACAAAAUUAGACAUU